AUGACGACAAAGUCUUGGGAAGCACAAGAUUACCAAUCAUGGGCAAGAUCAAGAUCAAGAAAAGACCCAAAAACAAUCUCGAGCACGAACUUGGAGAUGAUAUCUUCCUCUGAUAUAGCCUCUGCCCCAGCCUUUGAUGCAGCAAUCCUGCUUGCUGCAUGCUCGUUGUCCCUCCCACAGCGCCAUGCUGCGACACAUGUUGGUUUGGUGGAAGACGUAGCAAACUUCAGGUUGAAUCAAACGUUCGUUACAAGAGUAUUCCCUGACUCCGCCAUUGGCAGCACUUAUAUGGCCCUGCACCACACGCCAUUAUACUGCCUUUUAUCUGUAUCUGGGAAGAGCUGGGUAUUCAACAAGAAGGUGACCGAUUUCAAGAUCUUUGCAGAGCACCAGAAGCUAUUUGGGACAUGGCGCAAUUCCGACGCAGCUGUAAUAGCCACCGUGUUUGCUGCGCGUGCUCUCAAGUGCUUCCUUGAGCUUCAACCUCCAUCGAAGCAACCGAGAGGCAGCAGGGUAGAACACAACCCGAAACGAGCAACGCCCUUGGCCGAUAUCUCAGACUACUGGGGCGUGUAUGUUUGCUCACUGAUAUGUUGGGCCUUCGGUUUUUCAGAGGGAAAAAGUAAUUGCAAGAUUGCUAUAUCAAUAGAAAAAGCAACGCAGUGGCUCUUGAAGGUUGCAGAUAUAGAGCCGCUCGAGUUGCAAGCUCAAGGCCAGCGGAACAAGGCUCAAGGGGUCAUUGUUCUUGUCAGGGAGGUGUUGGAAAACGACUGUUUAGGAGGAGGAAACAUUCUUUUUGCAGAUGCUGUCAACGUUCUAAAACAACUAGAAAGAGGCACAAGUUAA